AUGAUGGAAACAUAUCACGGCUACGUCAGGACGCCGGGAGAUGCUAUCAAGCUCUUCGAGGCUUGCCGGCAAGGCCUUUUGCCGCGAGUCCAGCGACGGCUAUCAGAGAAGGAACGGCAAUCGAUCCGGUCCGGUUCAGUAUUUGUUUGGGAUGAGCGGGAAGCCGGCAUGCGGAGAUGGACGGAUGGAAAGUCAUGGAGCGCGAGCAGGGUUUCCGGCAGCUUCCUGACCUACCGCGAAAUGGAGGGCAAGCGCGGAGGCGGCUUUGGCAACUCACGCCGCGGCGCCGGCAAGACGCCCGACUCGUCUGGCCGAGCUAGUGACGACGACCAGGACGACGGCGAGCCCGACGGGUACAGGUACAAGGCAGACGGUCUUAUGAAGCAGUCUUUCAGCAUCACCACGUCACAAGGCCAGCACCUUCACUUGAUCUCCUACUACUCAAGGCCGCACCCCGGACAACCCGAGCUGUUGCAGCCGAGCAACGAUCCCCAGCUCCGCAACGUGAUCCCGAUGAAGGGACUCUACCCCGAGUCGAGCCUCGCCGAGACGCCAGUCCCCGCCAUGACGCGGACACCUAUGCAGCAGCCUCCGUACCUUGCUCCGCAGCAACACGGACACCCGCCGCACGGCGCACCAUACCCGCCCUACCCUCAGCAAGGCUACGGCUGGCCGCCUUCGCCGAUGGCGACGCCUCCCUACGGCCACUACCCGCACCACUAUCCGCCCAACGGGCCUCCUCCUCCGCCCGGCGCGCACUAUCCUUCCCAGCCUGCGUAUGCAGGCGCGCCGCCUCCCAACCCCCAGUACGACCGGGCACCGCUCCCUCUGCCGACCUCCGCUCCCCAGUCGCGCACCACACCGCCGACGCUGGCGCCCUACAACCCAGCGCCACACCACUACCAGCACUCUCCUCAUCUCCCCCAGCCGCGGCCGAGCGAUUCGCCCAGGCUCCACCAGCUCCAGUCUCAGGCCCAGCAGGCGUCGCUCGAUCCUCGCCUGGCGCCCGCCGGAGCCAAGAACGCGCCGGGGCCCCUGCCCGCGAUAUCGGCCAACGGCACGAUGAGCACGCCGCCUCCCCGGGGCUCCGCCUCGCCCCCUCGCUCUUCGCACUCGGACUCCAACGGCGGGCCCCCGUCGGGCAAUAAGGCUAGCCUGUCGAUCCUGCUGCACCCGACGCCGACCAACUCGGAGCCCACGAGCGCCAACCCGGCCAGCAACAGCGCCGGCAACUCGCCCCGCCAGCUCGGCGUGGCCUCGUCGGCGGCGGCGUCAGCGUCGUCCGUCAUGGGGUCCAAGAUCCUGCCGCCGCCGUCGUCGUUCCAUGAGGACGCGCGGGCCCUGUCGGUGCUGGACAGGAAGUUCCUGCAUACAAGGAGCUAA